ACAAAACACGACCACCUUCUUCGAGCCCCUCUGCUAUAAUCCGCCGCACUUCCUCUCUGGAUACACUUGCUGCUCCGUACCUUGCAGGGCACUGGCCUCGUGAUAGUCAUGGGCAAGCUGCUCCUUGCAUGAGAGACAAGGCUACACAGACAGAGACCGCAUGGGCUGAAGAAUACUCUGAAAAGAAAAAAGGGUCUCAUAAGCGUUCAGCAUCCUGGGGCAGUACAGAUCAACUGAAGGAGAUUGCAAAAUUACGCCAGCAGUUGCAGAGAAGUAAACACAGCAGUCGGCAUCAUCGAGAUAAAGAAAGACAGUCUCCAUUCCAUGGCAACCAUGCAGCUAUUAACCAGUGUCAGGCUCCUGUUCCAAAGAGUGUACUUAUUCCAGUAAUUCCCAUCACCAAAUCAACAGGCUCCCGGUUUCGGAAUAGUGUGGAAGGAUUAAAUCAGGAAAUUGAAAUAAUAAUUAAAGAGACUGGGGAAAAAGAAGAACAACUUAUACCACAAGAUAUUCCAGAUGGCCAUCGUGCACCUCCCCCCCUCGUGCAGAGAAGUAGCAGCACACGGAGCAUUGACACGCAGACCCCCGGUGGGGCAGACCGGGGAAGCAACAACAGCAGCCGCUCUCAGUCUGUGUCCCCCACGUCAUUCCUCACCAUCUCCAACGAAGGUAGCGAGGAGAGUCCUUGUUCGGCUGAUGACCUGCUCAUCGAUCCCAGGGACAAAGAGAAUGGGAACAACUCUCCCUUGCCCAAAUAUGCAACUUCACCAAAACCUAACAACAGUUACAUGUUCAAAAGGGAACCUCCUGAGGGCUGUGAAAGAGUCAAAGUGUUUGAGGAAUGCUCGCCAAAACAGCUUCAUGAAAUCCCAGCCUUUUACUGUCCUGACAAAAACAAGGUGAAUUUCAUUCCUAAAAGCGGCUCUGCUUUCUGCCUCGUCAGCAUCCUCAAGCCACUCCUUCCCACACCAGAUCUUACUCUCAAGGGCUCUGGCCACAGUCUGACAGUCACCACUGGCAUGACAACCACUCUACUGCAGCCCAUCGCUGUGGCCUCCCUGUCUACAAACACAGAGCAAGACAGAGUCUCUCGAGGAACAAGUACAGUCAUGCCAUCAGCCUCUCUACUCACACCACCAGAACCAAUCGAAGAAGCUGAGGGAUAGGUCCCAGUGCUGCAUAGCCAUUGUGUUCUGGGCAACUGAGAACCUCCUUGAAUCACGUGACUCUGAUGGAUGGCAUCAUGCGCUCCCACUCGCUGUGACGUGCUCCACCUUUUCACAGUGACACGUCACAGUACAUGUGCGGAAAGAAAGCAGCCUCUCUGAUGGCUUUGCUCACUCAUGGAGGCCAGCCCUCUGUGCUUAGCCUGCCUUUUCCUCAAGCACUGGUUGAAACAAGAAAGGUCUCAUUCUUUACUUUUGGAGGGCUGAUAUCUCAUUGUUUUUUGUUUUCAAAUUAAACUUUUAGAAACAAAAAUAAAAACCUGAUCCCUGCAAACAUGAUUCCUAGAGACAUGAAUGAUGCUGCAAGAACCAUCUUUUAUAUGAAAAUGACUAUUUUAUAAUACCAAUGUUACAUUUUCUGAAACAUAGCAAACAGGAUGUUUAAAAGAUUCUUUGGUGGCUUCUGUUUCUUGUUUCCCUUUCUAGAUAUGUGCUUUUCUCAGCUGUUUUCAGCUUUGGGACCAAAGGGGUUGUUGGCAUUUCCCAGCAGUCUUAACCUCAUGACCAUGUUCUUCUCCCAAACAAGAAAUGGUAGGUAAACGCAUUGAACAAGUAUAUACAAAAAAAGACAAAAAGCAAUAUUAGCACAUUAUGUGAUUUACGUUUUUUGAUGUCAGAAGUUUGUGCUUUGGGUGGAAUACUUGUAAAAAUGCUGUUUUCUUCACUACUCCCGUACACAUUUCACCAUGUGGUCAGAAAAAUUAUAGUCUGGAGACAAAUGCUUAAUAUAUUCUCACCCAUCAUUGGAAGUUGGUUUAAAAGUCAGCCAAAAAGAAGCUACCCAGUGUUGAUUGCCAGCUAGGAGUAAGGAGCCUCUGGUUUUCUGCACAAUAUUUAUCACAUGAUCUCCCUUUACCACAGGUGUCAUUCUACCUUUAAUCAUCACUGUAUCAUAGUCCCAAGAGAUCCUAAAAUGACUGCAUGGAUUUCCUUCUUUGCUUUUGUGAUGUCGUUGUCUUGUGGAUUUGGUCAGGGGUAGUAGUUUGCCAGGAGUGUAAUCCAUUGAAUAGCAAUCCGUAGUCACAGAAUCUUGCGACUGACCUUUUCUUUAUGGUGGUUGGCACUGAGAUAUGUUGUUGCCUACAGAUUUUGCUAGUUGUCCCUCCAACAUUUCACACAGUAGGGAAAAUAGGCAAGGAGAGCUUUGGAGCACAAACAACAGGAACCUUUGAAAAAUCCAUACAGGAUUUAGGCUUAUUCUAGUACAAUCACUGCCAAUAUCACAUGACAACAGUAUUUCAUGUCUGGGUAUGUGAUAGUGAAAUUAAGGAGCAGCUCUUUUUAAAAACGAGUUUCAGCAGACUGUUGAUAAAAUGCAUCUUUCUAAGGUUUUCAUAUACUACCUUAUGAUGCAAUAAUUUAAUGUUCUUAUACAUAUUAAAGGGAGAACAAAAAUUAAAUACUUGUAAAAGGGAUAUGGUUUAGAAGGUUAAUAAUGUCAGUUUAUCCAGAUAUAUCCCAUCACAGGAAACCUAGUGGUGGCAGUAAAUCUUCUGAAAAGACUUCUUAUAUUGACGCACUUUCAAAACAUCUAAGUCACCAAAAGUAUGCCCUGUUAAGUUUAAAAUGGAGAUAUAGUUAGGCAAGGUAGAUAAACUCAAACAUGAAUAAGUCUGUCAGGUUUCAAUUGCCGGGACCAAUGAAUUAUGGUACCUUUUCAUCCAAAACGAAUUUACUUGGAAUUAGUACAUUGUGGCUUCUAAAUCAGUAAAAGCUCAGUUAUUCAGGAUGUAAAUUUUCUGGUUGGUUUCUUAGAACCCUGCUUUUUUUGCCUUUGUUAUGCCUUUGACUUUACCGUUUCACCCUGAGAACUGCUCUGUCAGAAAUACAGAAGAAAAGGCAAAAAAAAAAAAAAAA